CCGCCGCCAGCAGCCGGGCCCGUCCGCCCGCCGCCGCCCGCCGUGCCCGAGCCGGCCGCAUGGCGCUCCGGGACUUCUGCAGCGUCGAUGGCUCCGACACCUUCUGGGAGUGGAAUGUCACGUGGAACACCAGCAACCCCGACUUCACCAAGUGCUUUCAGAACACCGUCCUCGUGUGGGUGCCUUGCUCUUACCUCUGGGUCUGCUUCCCCUUCUACUUCCUCUAUCUCUCCCACCAUGACCGGGGCUACAUUCAGAUGACGCAUCUCAACAAAGCCAAGACUGCCUUGGGAUUUUUGCUAUGGAUUGUCUGCUGGGCAGACCUCUUCUACUCUUUCUGGGAAAGAAGUAUGGGCAAGCUCCUGGCCCCAGUGUUCCUGGUCAGCCCGACCCUCUUGGGCAUCACCAUGCUGCUUGCUACCUUUUUAAUUCAGAUCGAGAGAAGGAGGGGAGUCCAGUCCUCAGGGAUCAUGCUCACUUUCUGGCUUAUAGCCCUACUGUGUGCCCUUGCCAUCCUGAGAUCCAAAAUCAUGACUGCCUUAAAAGAGGAUGCCCAAGCUGAUGUCUUUCGCGACGCCACCUUCUACAUUUACUUCAGCCUCGUGCUGAUCCAGCUCGUGUUGUCCUGCUUCUCCGACCGCUCGCCCCUGUUCUCCGAAACCAUCAACGACCCCAAUCCUUGCCCGGAAUCCAGUGCCUCCUUCCUUUCCAGGAUCACCUUCUGGUGGAUCACAGGGAUGAUGGUUCAGGGCUACCGCCAGCCCCUGGAGAGCACCGACCUCUGGUCCCUGAAUAAGGAGGACACGUCAGAACAAGUCGUGCCGGUCUUGGUAAAGAACUGGAAGAAGGAAUGUGCCAAGUCCAGAAAGCAGCCGGUGAAGAUCGUGUACUCCUCCAAGGACGCCGCCAAGCCCAAAGGAAGCUCCAAGGUGGAUGUGAACGAGGAGGCCGAGGCUCUGAUUGUCAAGUGCCCCCAGAAGGAGCGGGACCCGUCCCUGUUCAAGGUGUUAUACAAGACCUUCGGGCCCUACUUCCUCAUGAGCUUCUUGUUCAAGGCUGUGCAUGACCUGAUGAUGUUUGCUGGCCCGGAGAUCUUAAAGUUGCUCAUCAACUUCGUGAACGACAAGAAGGCCCCGGAAUGGCAGGGUUACUUCUACACGGCGCUGCUCUUCAUCAGCGCCUGCCUGCAGACCCUGGUGCUGCACCAGUACUUCCACAUCUGCUUCGUCAGCGGCAUGCGCAUCAAGACGGCCGUCAUCGGGGCCGUGUACCGGAAGGCCCUGGUGAUCACCAAUGCGGCCAGAAAGUCCUCCACGGUCGGGGAGAUCGUCAACCUCAUGUCCGUGGACGCCCAGAGGUUCAUGGACCUGGCCACGUACAUUAACAUGAUCUGGUCAGCCCCUCUGCAAGUCAUCCUUGCCCUCUACCUCCUGUGGCUGAACCUGGGCCCCUCCGUCCUGGCAGGGGUGGCUGUGAUGGUCUUCAUGGUCCCCCUCAAUGCUGUGAUGGCCAUGAAGACCAAGACCUACCAGGUGGCCCACAUGAAGAGCAAGGACAAUCGGAUUAAGUUGAUGAAUGAAAUUCUCAACGGGAUCAAAGUGCUGAAGCUUUAUGCCUGGGAGCUGGCAUUCAAAGACAAGGUGCUGGCCAUCCGGCAGGAAGAGCUGAAGGUGCUGAAGAAAUCUGCCUACCUGGCCGCCGUGGGGACCUUCACCUGGGUCUGCACGCCUUUCCUGGUGGCCCUGUCUACAUUUGCUGUCUAUGUGACCGUCGACGAGAACAAUAUCCUGGAUGCCCAGAAGGCCUUCGUGUCCUUGGCCUUGUUCAACAUCCUCCGCUUCCCCCUGAAUAUCCUCCCCAUGGUCAUCAGCAGCAUUGUGCAGGCGAGCGUCUCCCUGAAGCGCCUGAGGGUCUUCCUGUCCCACGAGGACCUGGACCCUGACAGCAUCCAGCGCCGGCCCAUCAAAGACGCUGGAGCCACGAACAGCAUCACCGUGAAGAACGCCACAUUCACGUGGGCCAGGAAUGACCCCCCCACACUGCAUGGCAUCACCUUCUCUGUUCCGGAAGGUUCCCUGGUGGCCGUGGUGGGCCAGGUGGGCUGUGGGAAAUCAUCUCUACUCUCAGCGCUCUUGGCCGAGAUGGACAAGGUGGAGGGACACGUGACUGUCAAGGGCUCAGUGGCCUACGUCCCACAGCAGGCCUGGAUUCAGAACAUUUCUCUCCGAGAAAACAUCCUUUUUGGACGCCAGCUACAGGAACGGUAUUAUAAGGCUGUGAUAGAAGCCUGUGCCCUCCUCCCAGACCUGGAAAUCCUGCCUAGUGGGGACCGGACAGAGAUUGGUGAGAAGGGCGUGAACCUGUCCGGGGGCCAGAAGCAGCGCGUGAGCCUGGCGCGGGCUGUGUACUGCGACUCCGAUGUCUACCUCCUCGACGAUCCCCUCUCAGCCGUGGACGCCCACGUGGGCAAGCACAUCUUUGAAAACGUGGUUGGCCCCAAGGGGCUUCUGAAGAACAAGACGCGGCUCCUAGUCACGCACGGCAUCAGCUACUUGCCCCAGAUGGAUGUUAUCAUAGUCAUGAGUGGCGGCAAGAUCUCCGAGAUGGGCUCCUACCAGGAGCUACUGGCUCGGGAUGGUGCCUUCGCCGAGUUCCUGCGUACCUACGCCAGCGCCGAGCAGGAGCAGGGGCAGCCGGAAGAUGGCAUCAACGUGGUGGAUGAGGAGGAAGGCUUGGCAGGCGUCGGCGGUCCAGGGAAGGAGGUGAAACAGAUGGAGAACGGCAUGCUGGUGACGGACACUGCAGGGAAGCAAAUGCAGAGGCAGCUCAGCAGCUCCUCCUCCUACAGCGGGGAUGUGAGCCGGCAUCACACCAGCACCGCCGAGCUGCAGAAGCCCGGGCCCACGGAGGAGACCUGGAAGCUCGUGGAGGCGGACAAGGCUCAGACGGGGCAGGUCAAGCUCUCCGUAUACUGGGACUACAUGAAGGCGAUUGGACUUUUCAUCUCCUUUCUGAGCAUCUUCCUUUUCCUGUGUAACCACGUGGCUUCCCUGGCCUCUAACUAUUGGCUCAGUCUCUGGACGGAUGACCCCAUCGUCAACGGGACCCAGGAGCACACGAAAGUCCGGCUGAGUGUCUAUGGAGCCCUGGGCAUUUCACAAGGUAUCACGGUGUUCGGCUACUCCAUGGCGGUGUCCAUCGGGGGCAUCUUCGCCUCCCGCCGCCUGCACCUGGACCUACUGCAUAACGUCCUCCGGUCGCCCAUAAGCUUCUUCGAGCGGACCCCCAGCGGGAACCUGGUGAACCGCUUCUCCAAGGAGCUGGACACGGUGGACUCAAUGAUCCCGCAGGUCAUCAAGAUGUUCAUGGGCUCCCUGUUCAACGUCAUCGGCGCCUGCAUCAUCAUCCUGCUGGCCACGCCCAUGGCUGCCGUCAUCAUCCCGCCCCUGGGCCUCAUCUACUUCUUUGUGCAGAGGUUCUACGUGGCCUCCUCCCGGCAGCUGAAGCGCCUCGAGUCCGUCAGCCGCUCGCCGGUUUAUUCCCACUUCAACGAGACCUUGCUGGGCGUCAGCGUCAUCCGCGCCUUCGAGGAGCAGGAGCGCUUCAUCCGCCAGAGCGACCUGAAGGUGGACGAGAACCAGAAGGCCUACUACCCCAGCAUCGUGGCCAACAGGUGGCUGGCCGUGCGGCUGGAGUGUGUGGGCAACUGCAUCGUCCUGUUCGCCUCCCUGUUUGCCGUGAUCUCCCGGCACAGCCUCAGUGCGGGCUUGGUGGGCCUCUCGGUGUCUUACUCCCUGCAGGUCACCGCAUACUUGAACUGGCUCGUUCGGAUGUCGUCCGAGAUGGAGACCAACAUUGUGGCCGUGGAGAGACUCAAGGAAUAUUCGGAAACUGAGAAGGAGGCUCCCUGGCAAAUCCAGGAUAUGGCACCGCCCAGCGACUGGCCCCAGGUGGGCCGAGUGGAGUUCCGGGACUAUGGCCUGCGGUACCGAGAGGACCUGGACUUGGUUCUGAAGAACAUCAACGUCACCAUCGAUGGCGGGGAGAAGGUUGGCAUCGUGGGGCGGACAGGAGCCGGGAAGUCGUCCCUAACCCUGGGCUUGUUUCGGAUCAAAGAGUCAGCCGAGGGAGAGAUAAUCAUUGAUGACAUCAACAUCGCCAAGAUAGGCCUGCACGACCUCCGCUUCAAGAUCACCAUCAUCCCCCAGGACCCUGUUUUGUUUUCGGGUUCCCUCCGCAUGAACCUGGACCCAUUCAGCCAGUACUCGGAUGAAGAGGUCUGGACGUCCCUGGAGCUUGCCCACCUGAAGGGCUUCGUGUCAGCUCUUCCUGACAAACUGAACCACGAGUGCGCAGAAGGCGGGGAGAACCUCAGCGUUGGGCAGCGCCAGCUUGUGUGCCUGGCCCGGGCCCUGCUGAGGAAGACAAAGAUCCUCGUGUUGGACGAGGCCACGGCGGCCGUGGACCUGGAAACGGACGACCUCAUUCAGUCCACCAUCCGGACGCAAUUUGAUGACUGUACCGUCCUCACCAUCGCUCACCGGCUCAACACCAUCAUGGACUACACGAGGGUGAUCGUCCUGGACAAAGGAGAGAUCCGGGAAUGGGGCUCCCCCUCCGACCUCCUGCAGCGGAGAGGUCUCUUUUACAGCAUGGCCAAAGAUGCUGGCUUGGUGUGAGCUCGGAGCGGGUGCAGCUGGUCAGAACUGCAGGGCCAACCUGCCAGCAGUCAGGGACGAGUCAGCAUCCUUCGGAACCCAAGCCUCUCAGACUGAAACCAAAAAAAAUGAAAACCCCCAAAACCAAAACAUGCACAGAGCAGCCGCCCUCUGGCCCUUUUGCCUGGAACUGGCCGUGAGGAAACAGGAGAGACGCUGGGAUGCAGCCCCCCCGCAACAAUGCACACGCCCUCGGCUCUGUUACCCCCUGCAGAUGCACACACGCCCUCACGCCCCUGGGAGGGCACGUAUGUUCUCCCUGCUCUGUGGGGACAUUCGGGCCACCAGACUUCCAGAGAAAUCGGUUGCGUAAAAUCUGCUAGUGACCAAAUCCAGCCAACUGCCUCAGGUCUCUCCAGCUGAAGUCUGUGGAUUCCGCGCCUUGGGGAAGCUCGCUGGUCCCCGGCACCUCUCCGUCCUUGCCUGGCUCUCCCUAGAUGCUUGUCUCCCCGGGGCUGCAGUUGGAGGUCAGGGGCCUGGUGAAGCCCAUGCUCACCCUCAGGCAGUGUCCCAAGGACCACCGACAGCCCUCUCACCAGCCAUCUGGUCUACGAGGUGCUCAGCUGCUGGGAACCAGCCUCCCAGCCCUGCCUCCAAUGGGACUUGCUGGCUGGACUCUGGGUGACCAGGCCUGGAGGUCCAGGCUGGGAGAGCCCUCUCAGUGCCAGCUUCCCCGCUUGGCUGCUCACCUCCUUACCCACCCCAGUCUUUGCCUUCCUCCCUCCGUCUUUUUACUCAUGGCUAGAAUGGGUUUACGCCUCCAGGUGCCUGAGAAUGAAAACCUGCUCAUAGUUAAUGAAGCAUUCUAAGCCAGGAGUGCUGGUCCCUCCGGGUGGGAGUAGCUGGUACUGAAAAGAGCCCCCGUGAGUCCCCUCCUCGUUUGUAGAUUUCAGUUUCUCCCUGGGGGCCACUGGCUCACUGUCAGGGCCAGCACAGUGGAUGACUUGACUUACGGUUACUGAGUCUCUUCUGAGACAAAAAAAGGACCUUUUCACAAGUGUCAGUGAUUUUUUUUUUUUUAAAGUACUGCUCCAGGGAGAUGAACAGUCUCAAGACUUUAAUUUCUUGGGAGGAAGCGUUAGGCUGAAGAGCGGCACCCCAGGGAAUGGCCAGGUAGGUCCAGCAUCUGGAGGUUGGGGGCUGUCUUCUCAGUCCUGUAGGUCCCGCAAUUGGAGACCAAAGUGAGACCCCAAAAGCAGAGAGGUUGCUAUUCAUGCUCGCUAUGUGAAUUACAUUGCUGACUUCAAACCAGAGAAGCAUCUUUCUCCUUUUAGGUGAAAAUAUAUAUUUAUUUUUUGUAAGUUAAACCAUUCUUUCACAUUAGAUAAACCAAGUGUUUCUUGGGGAUCUUUUUGUAAUGACUUAACACUGGAAACGUGAACAUUUGCAAAUAAUUUGCAGUAAAAAAAAAAAAUUUAUUUCUUUCUAAA